AUGAAAUCAUUUAGCCGCGUCCUGUCUUUUAUUGCCAGGAAGCAUCACCAAAAGUUUGAAGGGAUCGCUCUCUUUUAUUCUCUCAAAGAUAGAGCUCAUAUCUAUCUAUCUAUCUAUCUAUCUAUCUAUCUAUCUAUCUAUCUAUCUAUCUAUCUAAGGUUAUUCAUAUCUAUCUAUAAAUCUAUCACAUUCUGUCAGUUUAUAUCUAUCUAUCUAUCUAUCUAUCUAUCUAUCUAUCUAUCUAUGUAUCAUUUCAUUCCAAGCAAGUCUCUUAAUAUACUGAAUCUAUUCAUUAUCUAUCUAUCUAUCUAUCUAAUUCUGUUCAUUAUUAUCUAUCUAUCUAUCUAUCUAUCUAUCUAUCUAUCUAUCUAUCUAUCUAUCUUAUUCUGUUCAUUAUCUAUCUAUCUAUAUCUAUCUAUCUAUCUAUCUAUCUAUCUAUCUUAUUAUGUUCAUUAUCUAUCUAUCUAUCUAUCUAUCUAUCUAUCUAUCUAUCUAUCUAUCUUAUUCUGUUCAUUAUCUAUCUAUCUAUCUAUCUAUCUAUCUAUCUAUCUAUCUAUCUAUCUUAUUAUGUUCAUUAUCUAUCUAUCUAUCUAUCUAUCUAUCUAUCUAUCUAUCUAUCUAUCUUAUUAUGUUUCAUUAUCAAUCUAUCUAUCUAUCUAUCUAUCUAUCUAUCUAUCUAUCUAUCUAUCACAUCUCUUAAUAUUCUAUAUCUAUCUAUCUAUCUAUCUAUCUAUCUAUCUAUCUAUCUAUCACAGUCUCUUAAUAUUCUCAAUCUAUCUAUCUAUCUAUCUAUCUAUCUAUCUAUCUAUCUAUCUAUCUAUCUAUCACAGUCUCUUAAUAUUCUCAAUCUAUCUAUCUAUCUAUCUAUCUAUCUAUCUAUCUAUCUAUCUAUCUAUCUAUCACAGUCUCUUAAUAUUCUAUAUCUAUCUAUCUAUCUAUCUAUCUAUCUAUCUAUCUAUCUAUCUAUGUCGGCGAAUUAACUGUUUUAAGAGCAUGUCAGAUCUAAGAUUUACGCCCACUCCGCCAGCAACUGUGUCUUAUUUUUCAAACCUCUUAUUUAUCACUGGAAUUGUAGAUCACUUACCCGGCAACUUCCCCUCUUCUAAGUUUGUACUCACUCAUUUAACUUUAUGGUUCACUUCCUUUAUUUCGUACAUUUAUAUCUACUCUUGUCAAUGCUUCUCCACUACUUCCGGUCACGCUCAACGUAAUGACAAUAUGGAAAAGAAAGAAAAGGAAAAACCUGGAUGGGUUGAAAGGGUAAAAAAUAACAUUAAUCAGCGAAGACAAGAAUCAAUAAAAAUUAUUUAA